CUUCGCCUAAUCCCUUCUGUAUACAAGCUGUCACCCUUUCUUCUGUUUCUCUCUCUCUCUCUCUUCGCCAAUCCCAAAACCCAUUUCACUGAUCUCUUAUUCUGCAAACCAACUAACAAACAAUGUUCCCACAACCUUAAAACCUUCAAAAUCCACGCACCCAAAACCCUCAAUCCAGUUAUGCUGUUCUUCGCGCACCCUUUCUUCCUUCUUCUUCUGGCUCUCGUUUCGCCCGCAGCCUCGCUCAGCCGCCGGACCAAUGCCACCACCAUCUACGAGGUCCUCAGCGACUACGGGCUACCCAUGGGCCUCUUCCCAAAGGGCGUCAAGGACUUCGGCCUGGCCCAUGACGGCAGCUUCUGGGUCCACCUCGACGAGGCCUGCAACGCCAAGUUCGAGAACGAGCUGCAUUACGAGCGCAACGUCUCCGGCCACCUCAGCUGCGGCAUGAUCGACGCCCUCACGGGCCUCCAGGCCCAGGAUCUCUUCCUCUGGCUCGAAGUCAUGAGCAUCCGCGUCGACGUCCCCACCACCGGCCUCAUCUACUUCGACGUCGGCGCCGCCUUCAAGCGCUUCCCUCUCUCGCUCUUCGAAACGCCCCCGGAAUGCGUCGCCGUUCGCUCCAAACAACACCACGCGCCUUCCCAGGGGCAGAGUCAUUCCGGAAGGCUUGAGUUUAAGCUUGAUCAGGGGACCUCUGGAAGAGAUGUUUUAUAGAGUAUGGACCGUGCAGAAAAGGGUGAAUGGAGUUUUUCUGUAGCACGAUGAUCAUGGGUUCUCCAAUCAGAUUGUAUGCCUUCGGAGAGUAUAAAUUAAUAGGUCCACUGAUUGGACCUGUUGUGUUAUUUGUGUUAUCUCUUCAUAUAGUGCAGAGUUAGUGUUGUAGAAGCAAUCCGUAUCUUCGUAAUUUAUUGAUUCAUGGGUUCUUAUAAAGAGGAAAGCAAUUGAGAUAAAUAUCUUGAAUCCAUUUCUCGUUGAGAACAUAGAGGUGAUGGAACAUUUGUUGAUAUGGGUCCAGGUGAAAACUUGCGAAGAUUUUGUAUCAUGUCAAAUGUUAUUUGUAUCAUAAGAAUAUAAUACUGGGGGUGUUUAGUUGAAUCAAAUUUAUGAUAUUAAUUCAAAAUUAAUAGAUUCUUAUACACUUUUGAUAUGAAAA